AUAUUCCUAUAUAUUAGGGAGAAAAUGAUCGCUUUUGAGGGCGAAAACUAACUGCGGCCUCUUCGAGAAUGGGUCUCCUCAGUUGCAGUUUCCUUCUUCUCAUCUUGAUGGCCUCCAUCGCCAAUACAAUCGCCUGCUCCAAUGGAGAAUGCCAGCUUCUUGAGGAGUGCUCUUCGGACAGUGAUUGCCAGGCAGGGUUGUAUUGUUUCUCCUGCGGCCUCUCUGCUUCGAGGUGUGUCCGGUAUACGGCAACAGAUGAAUUCAAGAUCGUGAAUAAUUCCUUGCCCUUCAAUAAGUAUGCAUAUCUCACAACCCACAAUUCUUUUGCUAUUGUUGGAGAACCGUCUCGAACUGGAGUCCCACGAGUUACAUUUACAAAUCAAGAGGACAGUGUCACUGAACAAUUAAACAAUGGUGUUAGAGCUUUGAUGCUAGACACAUAUGACUUUGAAGAUGACAUAUGGUUGUGCCAUUCAAACGGUGGAAAAUGUCGUGAUUUUACUGCUUUUGAACCAGCUAUAGAUACUAUGAAGGAAAUUGAGGCAUUCUUGUCUGCAAACCCAUCAGAGAUUGUCACAUUGAUCUUAGAAGACUACGUUGAGACUCCAAAUGGAUUAACAAAACUUUUCAACGAUUCAGGAUUGAUGAAGUACUGGUUCCCAGUUUCCAACAUGCCCCAGAAUGGCCAGGACUGGCCUCUAGUAAGUGACAUGGUUGCAAACAACCAGCGUUUAAUUGUCUUUACAUCAAUCAGAUCUAAGCAAGAUACAGAAGGGAUAGCGUACCAGUGGAACUACAUGGUGGAAAACCAGUAUGGAAAUGAUGGCAUGGAAGCUGGGAAAUGCUUCAAUCGGGCUGAAUCUGCUCCUCUAAAUGACACGAGCAAAUCUCUUGUACUAGUUAACUAUUUCCCCUCAAUACCAGUUAGGCCAAUUGCAUGUGAGCACAACUCCGAGGCACUCAUUGAUAUGCUAAAUACAUGCCAUGGUGCAGCUAGCAACCGUUGGUCAAACUUUGUGGCUGUUGAUUUUUACAAGAGAAGCGAUGGAGGAGGAGCAUUUCAGGCAACAGAUAUGCUCAACGGGAGGUUGCUAUGCGGAUGUGAUGAUGUGCAUUCAUGCGCGGCUGGGUCGACUUCCAGUUCCUGCGGUGGUCCAUAACAGCAAUGCUGACACUCCUCUCUUGUAUAUCAAAGAACUACACAAGGUGAUUGACCGGUAUAAGAUGGAAUUCCUCUUUUCUAUCUCAAUUGAGAAAAAAUAACAGCUAUGUAAUCAAAAUUAGUGUUGCAAUAUUAUCAAAUUAUUUAUUUAAAGCAAUGUGUUGCAUAUUGAGGUCAGUCAUCAUCUGUAAUAUUUUUUUGAGGAACUAAAUGCAUGAAUGAAUCCGUUGUGAAUUAA